AUGAUCAAUAUCUUUCUUAUCACAACACUCUUCUUGAGCAUUGCAACUGCAACAACCUCCCUAAACAACCAGGCCUACGACCAGGACCAAAACCUACACGAAAACCAACUCAUCAUGUCUUCCCCUGCGCCCUCCUCUCCAGGUCCAGCACCCUACCCCUCAAACGCCCUCUCCAUGCGCGACACAAUCCUCCCCCAAGACCUCCCCCGCUUCCUCGCCUUCCUCUCCAAAGACAGAGGUGGCGAUAUCUUCGAAGGCUACAAUCUAAACGACAAUGGUAAAAUCGAAUACACAUUCUACAAUGCAGAUACCAAUGAAGUGCUUGAACGCGAGACCUUUGAAGAUAAUGGAAACGCAAAAAAGUAUUUGGAGCAGGAGGAAAAGCUCUUCGAGGAGAAUAAGAGGAGUGGGUGGUGGGUUGCUCCUGAAGGGUACGAGGAGGAGAUGGAGGAGAAGGAUAGGAAGGUGAGGGAGAAAGGGGAGGAGAGGAAGAAGGAAGAGGAGAAGAAUGCAGAGGUGAAGAAGUGA